ACACUACAGAACAGAACACUAUUACAGACUGAGACAUACUAAACAGUACAUCUGUAUUCGGAUUCUGUACAGUAGUUCACCUGUUGAAAUAUGUUGCAAUGUUUAAAAUGCGCUUCUGCAAUAGUAAAAAAUGAGCAAUAUUACAUUGUUGGAGAUAUGGGUCCAGAAAUCAUUACCAUUCUUGAAAAUCUAGGUCAAUUGAUGGAUGAAAAUGAACCAAUAUGUUCACAAUGUUUUGCAAACAUAUUGCAAGAAUUAUCUGUCGGCACAAAUCCUGAAAAUGAUCUCCAGCGCCCUAAUGCCAAUAGUAUCAGUAUAUUGUGUGUUUGGUGUCAACGGAGACUGGGUAGCGGACGUUGUCACUCUGUUUCAGAUGGGCCUGAAAGAUAUUUUAUCUCCGAGAGAAUUUCUCCAAGACAAAUACCUGAAGGUGCAGUGGUAUGUUAUCUUUGUUGGACAGAAGCUCAACAAACUUUACGCAGACAAGGAGUUUCAUACGUGCCAUCACCUAAUACAAUUGUUUGUGUAUGGUGUCUUCGGUCACUAGCCAACACACGUAGGCACUCAAUACCGGAUGGCCCAGAACGAAAUGAAAUUAUAGCUAGGAUCCAUCCUAGAGAGAUUCCUCCUGGCGGAUUUGUCUGUUAUGCAUGCUGGGUUGCAGCGUGUAGAAAUGUGCAAAGAGCUGCUAAUAUCGAGGAAGGGUGGCAAAAUCCAGGACCUUCAUAUCAACAUUAUGGAGCUGACUGUGUGUGGUGUAAAAUGUCUUUAUUUCAAAGGCAAGUUCGUAUUUUACGUGAUGGCCCUGAAAGGGAUAUAGUGGCAGAAAGGAUUUAUCCGAAUGAGUUACCAGAACAUGCCCUCGUAUGUGUUGAUUGCUGGGCACGGGCACAAGAAUAUGUGAACAGUUCUGAAGGCAGUGUAGUGCAGCCGGCUGGAACACCGAAUCCUUGGAUAAACCUGGCAGAUGAUUACAAGCAUACAUCAAAUUCUAGUAGACGUUGUUUCGUUCCAUUUUGUACGAACCCAGAGAGGCUUAGUGUGCCAGAUUUUUUAAGGAAGAGGAUUUUGCAAUCAACAAAAAUAUAUGUCACAGAAAAUUGCAGAAUUUGUGCUAAACACCGAAAUACCUAUAAUUGGGAGUUUUUAAAAGAAAAUGAAUUUUCAAGUACUUUCACACAGGCAGAAAUAAAAUCAAUGCUAAACCUCAGCCUAUGUCCAGAUUCAACCAAUAAUUAACUUUUUAAAUUUAACGUUUUUUACAUUUAUAACAACCUUUUUUAAUUUUAUGUCACGGGGAAGAUCUAUUUAUGAAGUACCGCAUAGGGGGUUAAAGGAGAUGUUCGAUUUUGGGCUACCACUAUGUACACUACAUAGAUAAAUAGGAAAAAAAUUGAGGAAUUUCAUAAAAUACUAACAAAUUAAUUUGAAAAAGGGUAUAGUCGUACAAAAAUGAUCAUUUAAAAAUAUUUUUGUUAUGAUAACCCUAUUUUAAGGGCAGCCAUGACAGUUGUGUUAGAUAAUAGAUAUGACGUUUGACGACUUUGACAGUUUUAAGAAGUGACUAUACGUCUUUGAGUCUUUCUUUAUUGAUUAAUCUUUAGCGUUAUAAUAUAUGUACUGUUAUUGGAUGUGUUUCGGAAUUUUUAGCGAUUGUUUUUAUUUUGCGACCCAGUUUACUACUACGGACAUUGAUUUAUUGCUUCUCUGUUGACCCUCUGUUUGUUAUAUGGUUUAUAAUACAAGAAAUGUCUAAUGAUAGUGCUCUUGCACGCGGAGAUCACAAGCUCCAGCAUUGCCAUGAUAGUAAUGUUUAUGUUAGCUGUAGGACAUCUUUGUUUAGGUGUGCUCACUCUAUUCCCGAGGGUGCCGAAAAGCAAUAUAUUGCUGAAACAAUUACUCCAAGAGAGAUACCUGAAGGUGCUUUAAUAUGUUUUGCUUGUUGGGUACAUACUUGGCGUACAAUACAACAACAAGGAAUCAUAGCAGCUUCUACUGUUGUUAUGAAUAUGAAUGUAUGUGUAUGGUGCCGAUGUUCUCUUGCCCAGACACACAGCCACUCCUUACCUGAAGGACCUGAACGGACCAUAAUAACAGAAACAAUAUAUCCAAGAGAGAUUCCACCAGGAGGACUGGUUUUCUAUGCUUGUUGGGUAGCAAUAUGUAAAAAUGUUAAGCAUGCUACAAGGAUUGAGGAUAAUCGGCAAACUCCAACCCCAUCUAGCCUUCACCAAGACUAAUGUAUGCAUGGUGUAGAAUGUCUCUACACCGAAGGCUAACACACAUGGCUAGUGGUCCUGUAAGAGACAAAGUUGCAGCAAGAAUUUACCCAAAUCAGUUACCAGAACAUGUGCUUAUUUGUUCCAACUGUUGGACAC